AUGCCCGUGAGGUCAGGCGGUGAUCAGCAGCUCGGAAACAUUUUCUCCUUCCCCGAGUUGCUCGGGCAUCUGGGAUAUUGCUCUUGGAAGCCAGUGCUGCGGAGAUCCGUCCAGCGACUGCAGCAGAUGUCGCCGAGGCCUGCUGAGGCCUACGUGUCCUGGCACUCGCACCCGGAGUUUGUGGCGCUCGCCGUGCAGACCAUAACGCAGAUCGCGCUGAAGAUAUCGUCGGUGGCGGAUGCCUGCCUGCGCGGCCUGGUGAAGAUGUUGGACUCCAAGUGCGAGGCGCUCGCCUGCGAGGCCGUGGUGGCACUGCGGACGCUGCUGCAGAGGCGGCAGCGGAGCGCCGACAGCGGGCUCGGGUCCGUGCUACCACAUCUUGCUCGCUACCUGGAGGACCUCGCGGCCCCCACCGCCCGUGCGUCCGUCGUGUGGAUCAUCGGGCAGUACCAGCGCGAGGCGCCGCGGCUGGCACCAGACGUCGUCCGCCGGAUGGCCAAGACCUUCUCGUCGGAGCGACAGGAGGUCAAGCAGCAGAUCUUGGGCCUCGGCCUGAAGGUGUGGGCGUUCCACCUGCUGAACUCUAGGGGCGAGGUGCCGAGGGGCGACCAGGACGCGUGCGCCGAAGCCCAUGUGACCGAGCUGCCCGCGGAGGAGUCUGCAAGGCUGCUGCCCAGGCUGGAGGCGCUCGUUGACCACGUCAGCGACCUCGCCGCCUACGACACGGUUUGGGACGUCCGUGACACGGCGCGGGCCCUGAGGCAGCUGAAGCAGGGGGCCAAGGCUGGCCUCGCGGCGGACGAGGGCGCCGCGACCCAGCUGACUGCGCUGGGCCUUUG